ACCGUCCACGCCGUGGGACUGGCAGCAGCUACCAAACCGGCUUAUGUCAGGGUUCAGGAUUAUUAUGUACCAGCGCAUAAUGACACGCAGAUGUACACGAUACCAGAAGAUUGUCCAUCGAGGAUCUCACAAAGAAGCAACGACUAUCUACGUUCAGACAACUUGUUCACCAAAUCCCUAUCAGAAGACGGUGAGAUCCUGAUCAACGACGAAUUUACUCUCGAGGAUGUGCCUCUAGAAGAUCCUAUUUACGAUAAUCUGACGAAGAAAGACGCGACAGAAAAUAAAAAUAUAGUUGAAAAUAAACCCAGUAACAUAGAAGAUGUGACAAGGAAAGAUGAGACAGAAAAUAAAAAUAUAGUAGAAAAUAAACCCAGUAACAUAGAAGAAGAUAAUCUGACAAAGCAAGAUGAGACAGAAAGUAAAAAUACAGAUAAAAAAGUUAGUAACUUAGAAGCAGAUAAUGAAAGGAAACCUAAAUUAGAAUCUGAAAAUGAAAUCAUUAGGAUUGAUGAUAAAAUUGAGAGGAAUUUCGACAAUAUAGAUGGUAUCGUCAUUAAUCCAGGGAUAAAAGAUAAUAAUACAAAUAUUGAUAAACCAGUUGACGAUUCAGAAGGAGUAAACAAUAACACCAACGUAGAUAAACCAGUUGAUGCAGAAACAGAACUUCCAGAAGCGAAAGAAGUAAGAACAGAGCAUAGAAUAGAAGUAAGAGAUGAUACUAAGCAAGAAGCAGAAGUAGACAAUCCGAAGCUAUCGAGUUUCCAUGUGGUAAAUUCGGAGAAAGAUCUGGAUGUUCCCGAAGGGAUUGAAGGGCCGGUGCCUGUGGUUGUAUUGCCACCUCCGAAUUUUGUAUCGGUUCCUCCUAUUACGGCACCUAACGCAGCCUUCCCGUCUGUCCAAGCCAACCCAAAGGCGUUCUACAGCAACCCGCCCUACAGUUUCUACAUCUAUUCUGAACCUAGGCAUAGAUACGUGUAUAAGCGCUAGACUGAUAGUUUUAAAUUGUGAGUAGGUCCCUGCUAUUCUUCAGUAAAAUUGUGUCUUUAUCAGGAGUCCAAUAUCAAUUUAGUUGAUAAAAUUAUAAUGGAAGUAAAAGAAUAGGUUUACAUAGUCUGCUGAAUUAAUUAAGGUUGAUAUUAGCGCCAUCUAACGAUUACAUUGUGCACUUAAAUAAGCACCAAGUUCACGACUCUGUGAACUGUUUACAUGUUUAGUUCAUCUGAAGCUACAUAGAUGUCGCUAAUAUAACUAAUUGUAUAAAUUUACUCAUUUUCCGGGAAGAUACGUUACUAAAGGAUUACACCUAAAUUAUUUCGUUUAAAAUAUUAUUAAAUAAGGAAAACUUGUCCUUUACUAGUAAAUACAUAGUUUAAGAGUAUUUAUUAUAUAAUCUCAGUGGAUUUUUGGAGUCCCUGAGCCCUUAGUCGUAAGCAAGAUUGUGAAUCCGCCGCCCUUGUAUGAAGGCUGUGAUUAAACGAUUUUAUACCGA